GUGACCGUGUCCCUAACCUGUGGAGUGGGACCCCGCAACAACUCUCGCACCAAACCACGCCGCCGCCCAAACCCCCCACCUCGCCGGCGCUAAUGGCGGCGCCGCCGCCGGCUCUCCGCCGUCUCCUCCUCCUCCUCCUCUUCUCGCUCCUCCUCCUCGCAUCCGUAGCAGCAGCGGCGGCAGCGCCGGCGGCCGAGGAGGAGGAGUUCACGGAGGAGCUGCUCCUGCGCCCGCUCCCCGACCGCAAGGCGCUGGCCCACUUCCACUUCCGCUCCUCCGCGUCGCCCUCCGCCGCCGCCGCCGGACGCCACCACCACCUCUUCCCCAAGGCCAUCGCCCAGCUGGUCCAACAAUUUCAUAUUAGUGAAUUGGAGCUAUCUUUCACACAAGGUCAAUGGAAUUAUGAGCAGUGGGGUGGAUAUGACCCAAUGUCGACCAAUUAUGCAAAGCCUCCUGGUGUUGAGCUGUGGGCAGCUUUUGACCUUCCUUUGGAUGAGAUUGAUGCCACAUGGAAGAACCUGACACACACACUCUCAGGCCUGUUUUGUGCAUCCAUUAACUUUUUAGAAUCAUCCACUGCCUUUUCUGCUCCUCGUUGGGGAUUCAAAUUGAAUGAAGGGAAUCUAAGAUAUGGUGCAUUGCCUCGUGAAGCGGUGUGCACUGAGAAUCUCACACCUUGGUUGAAACUUCUUCCUUGUCGUGACAAAGCUGGGAUAGCUUCUUUGCUGUACAGGCCUUCAAUAUAUAAAGGAUAUUACCAUUCCCAAAAACUGAAAUUGACAUCAUCUCAAUCUUUUGGUAUUAUUAUCGAUCAGACAUUGACAGUGGUUCUGCAGCCGGAUACUUUUUGGGGUCAGCAACUACAUUCUACUGAUGGACAACUGCAGCCCAGCUGGUCCAUGAAAGAUCUGUUUAACAGGAAGUUAUCAGGAAAAUGCCGUGUCUCCAAAUCGAGCAGAGUAUUUUUAGAGAUUGAGAACGAUAUAGUUGACAAAUCUGGAACUGAAGCUUCUUGGACUAAUGAACUCUUUGUGCUGUCAACUGCCCCAGACAGGGUGCUCAAGGAAUUAAAUAACAUGGAUGCCCAAUCUUCUUCUCUAUAUGAAUAUGAUGUUAGUAACUACAACAAUGAUAAGCCUUUGGAUGUUGGCAUAACCUGGAAACUUCCCCUCAUAUGGUCUUGCACCCCUGCACCGUAUCAUGCAAACAGAUUUCUCAUGGGUAGUGGAAAUGAAAGAGGGUCGAUUGCUCUGUCAUUUAGAUCCACUAAUUUGCAUAAGCAGUUAUUUGGAAGCUCAAAUGAUUGCUCAAUAAAAGCUGUAGUUUUCCAAGUUGUUCCAUGGUAUGUUAAGGUUUAUUAUCACAGCUUACAAAUUUUCAUUGAUGGGAACAGUAAGGCUAUUUCAGAAGUAGUUGAGAAGAUUCAUGUCACUCCUUCAGAAGACAAACAUUUACCUGGUACUCUAGAGAUGCUACUAAGAUUACCUUGCAGUAUGGAAUCAGCUACCCUGUCGCUGGACUUUGACAAGGGGUUUCUGCAUAUCGAUGAAUAUCCUCCUGAUGCUAAUCAAGGAUUUGACAUCCCAUCAGCUUUGGUAACAUUUCCUGAGUUCAAUUCUAGCCGAAGUUAUCCUGAAGGUGAUACAUUAUUUGUGUCACCUUUGCUACAAACGUUCAAGGAAGAUGGCGUGGUCAAGUCAUAUACAGAAGUAUUGCUUGUUCCCUUGACAACUCCUGAUUUCAGCAUGCCAUACAAUGUCAUCACCUUCACUUGCACCGUCUUAGCACUUUAUUUUGGUUCACUACUUAAUGCUUUGAGACGACGAAUUGGUGAAGAAGAGAGGGAAUUGAAAAAAGCAGCCGCGAAGCGUGGGCUGAUUCCUCUGUUGAUAGCCAAGCUAAGGGGGAAGAAGGUCGACCCACCACCACAAGGAUCUUCACCUACAUCUCUGUUGUCAACAAAGCUGCUACUCAAGGUUGUAUUUGUGGCGGUAGUAGCUGUCUCACUUCAUUACUUGUCAAACAGUUGAGGAUUGAUGCCAUUGUGUACAAUUUUGAGCAAUGUCCAAAACCACGGCUGUAGAUUGUAUUGAUCAUUUCGUUUAUGUAUCAUAUAUUAUAUCGACUGUAGCGCUAGGUGUUGUGCUUUUGCAUCCAGGCCAUCAUGUCUUAGCUUCAUCCUGGACUGUUGAAAUUGACUUGAGAUGAUACCAUAUCGUCGUUGCAUUGUGUGCAUCUUUUGCAGCAAGCAAUGUAAUACAUUUUCAGAAAGUUAAGAAGGAACUGAUAUAGGAGUGUACAUCAAUGCUUCAAAAAAAAAGGUAACCAACAGUUUACACAGCA